AUCAAAAGGGACACGCCCCAUCACUAUACAUUCAUACCUUGUUACUAAUUGCUUAUUGUUCAUAAAAGAGAGCCCGUUUUAUAGACAUAUUCCAACACAUUAUAAUAUACCAUGAAGUUACAAAUACUUACUAUAUUGGUGUCACUCCUUGCAUACGUCAUUGCUGAUGUAGACAUUAGUAAACCGAGUAAAGGAGACAAAUUCAGUGGGUCUUCAGGUGCAGCAUCAGUCGAUAUUGUAUGGAAAGAUGAUGCCUCUGAUCUGUCUGAUCCUAUGUCAUUGAAAAACGUGAAAACCUAUACUAUUUCCUUGUGUACUGGUCCUGAUGCUCGAGGUAGUAUUCAAUGUCUUCAACCACCUUUGAUGCCAGCCACGGCCCUUACUAGUUUGAAAGCUACUGUUUCUAUUAAGCAAGGACUUGUGCCUGAUGGAUAUUACUACUUCCAAAUCUAUUCCAUUUUUGCUAAUGGUGGUGAUACUAUUCAUUACUCUCCAAGAUUCCAAUUAACUGGUAUGAGUGGUACCGCUGGUACUUUGGCCGUUACUAUGACUGGAGCUGUUCCUGAUCCUCAGGUUCAAGGUUUUGAUGCUGCUGCCAACAUUAACUCUGCAUGGUUUACUAUUCCAUACACAAAACAAACUGGUAAGACCAGAUAUGCUCCUAUGCAAACCCAACCAGGAUCCAAAGUCACUGCUACUACAUGGACCAUGAGAUUUCCGACCCUGUCAGUGAGUUAUUACACCACCAAGGCCAAAAGUCCGGUUGUUUAUUCAACCAUUACUCCUGGGUGGGAUUACACUGCUGAAUCUGCGGUGAAUUAUGCUACCGUGGCACCAUAUCCUACUAAUUGGUAUCCAGCAAGUGAAAGAGUUAGUAAAGCUACUCUUAGUUCUGCUACCAAGAAAAAGAGAUGGUUAGAUUAAAAAGGUAGAGUGUUUAUGUAUUUUUAGUAUUUUUUUUUCUUUAUCAAAUAAACGGUGUUUUCAAUAGUGAUUUUGUGGCAUGGCAACUUAGCCAAUGUGUAAUUGUCAGUAAUAAAUAAAAAUAACAAUAACAAUAACAAUAAUAAUAAUACAGGAUCUCGUGUAUUUGUUGCCGGUGCGUAGUACAGCUGUAAUGUCAAUAUGCUGCCAGGCUUGGUAGUGGAGUCACUUUCAUUUUCGGUUUAGACGCGUUUAAAACCUUUUGCAGUAAGAUGCAUUAUAAAUAAAGAUUUAACGUUAUUAAACUAUAUGAUCGAUGAGAACGACCUAGCUCAAGGCCAAGAACUAUUCUCCUAACCAAGAUGGGGGGGAAAAACUUUAUAUCAAUUUGCAUCCAUUUGGAAAAUACCAAGAAAAUUGAUGCAAAUUUGACUGGGAAGAGACUUAUUGCAU